CCCUGGGCUGGGCGCUGCCGGAGGGGCCCGAGCCGAGCCGCCCCCGCCCCGGCCCGGCCGCGCCGGCCCGCUUCCCGCGGGACCACGCCCUGUCAAACUUUGUUGCUGCGGCCGCCGCGGCGGCGAGCCGAGCGGGCCGGCGAGCGGGAGGGAGAGAGGGAGGGGCGGGCGGAGGGGCGGGCGCCGGGCCGGGCCGGGCCGGGCGCGGGCGGCGAGGGGCUCCGAGAGCGGCGGCCCCGGCCCGCGCGGCCCCACCAUGCCCCAGCUCGGCGGCGGCGGCGGCGGGGGAGGCGGCGGCGGCGGUGGCGGCUCGGGCGCCGGGGCGGCCGGCGGAGGGGACGACCUCGGGGCGAACGACGAGCUGAUCCCCUUCCAAGACGAGGGGGGCGAGGAGCAGGAGCCGAGCAGCGACAGUGCCUCCGCGCAGCGGGACCUGGACGAGGUCAAGUCGUCCCUGGUCAACGAGUCGGAGAACCAGAGCAGCAGCUCGGACUCGGAGGCGGAGAGGCGCCCGCAGCCCGCCCGGGACGCCUUCCAGAAGCCGCGGGACUAUUUCGCCGAAGUGAGAAGGCCCCAGGACGGCGCGUUCUUUAAGGGCCCCCCGUACCCUGGGUACCCGUUCCUGAUGAUCCCAGACUUGAGCAGUCCGUACCUCUCCAACGGACCCUUGUCUCCCGGAGGAGCGCGCACGUACCUGCAGAUGAAGUGGCCCCUCCUCGAUGUCCCCUCCAGUGCCACAGUCAAGGACACCAGGUCACCAUCCCCAGCACACUUGUCUAAUAAAGUUCCUGUUGUUCAGCCCCCGCAUCACAUGCACCCGUUGACGCCCCUCAUCACCUACAGCAACGACCACUUCUCCCCUGGCUCCCCUCCCACGCACCUCUCCCCAGAGAUCGAUCCAAAGACAGGAAUCCCCCGGCCCCCUCACCCAUCUGAGCUGUCUCCAUAUUACCCACUGUCUCCUGGAGCUGUUGGACAAAUCCCCCAUCCCCUCGGCUGGCUCGUCCCACAGCAAGGACAGCCUAUGUACUCCCUCCCUCCUGGUGGUUUCCGGCACCCCUACCCUGCCCUCGCCAUGAACGCCUCAAUGUCCAGCCUGGUUUCCAGCCGGUUCUCUCCUCACAUGGUGGCUCCGGCCCAUCCUGGUCUGCCCACCUCAGGGAUCCCCCACCCCGCCAUCGUCCCCCCCAUCGUCAAGCAGGAGCCGGCGCCCCCCAGCCUCAGCCCGGCCGUGAGCGCGAAAUCACCCGUCACGGUGAAAAAGGAGGAAGAAAAGAAACCCCACGUGAAGAAGCCUCUGAAUGCCUUCAUGUUGUAUAUGAAGGAGAUGAGGGCCAAGGUGGUGGCCGAGUGCACCCUGAAGGAAAGCGCGGCCAUUAACCAAAUCCUGGGAAGAAAGUGGCACAACCUGUCCCGAGAAGAACAGGCCAAGUACUACGAACUGGCCCGGAAGGAGCGGCAGCUUCACUCCCAGCUCUACCCGACCUGGUCAGCCCGGGACAACUACGGUAAGAAAAAGAAGAGGAAGAGAGAAAAGCAGCUGUCACAGACACAGUCCCAGCAGCAAGUCCAAGAGGCGGAGGGUGCUCUGGCCUCCAAAAGCAAGAAGCCAUGUGUUCAGUACCUGCCCCCUGAGAAGUCCUGUGACAGCCCUGCCUCUUCCCACGGCAGCAUGCUGGACUCCCCCGCCACCCCCUCCGCAGCCUUGGCGUCCCCAGCUGCCCCCGCGGCGACGCACUCGGAGCAAGCCCAGCCCCUCUCCCUCACCACCAAGCCGGAGAGCCGGGCCCAGCUGGCUUUACACUCGGCUGCCUUCCUGUCAGCCAAGGCGACAGCCACCUCCUCCAGCCAGAUGGGCAGCCAGCCCCCGCUCCUCUCCCGGCCACUCCCCCUCGGGUCCCUGCCCACAGCUCUGCUGACUUCUCCCCCCUCCUUCCCGGCCGCGCUCCAUGCCCACCAGGCCCUCCCAGUCCUCCAGGCCCAGCCUCUUUCCUUGGUCACCAAGUCUGCCCACUGAGCUGCCCCCUGACCUAUGCAGGCUGUCAAGUGACUCGUCGAGUAGUAAUGAUUCAGAAGAAAAAAGAAAAAAAAAAAGGAAACUUUAUUGGUCAAUAUUUGACCACUCUGGACUGUUCUGUAAAGUGACUGGUAGCAACAGCACUUUACGUUUUGUAGAUGUAACCAGUAGCUGAUCUUAAGGCUUUUUUAAAAAACAAAACAAA